AUGGAUAUACUCACAAAAAUCGUUCCUUUGACGCAAACUACAUGCGGAAUAUUGUCUUUCCUGAUACACGGGGUGCUUAUUGAGAUGGUUCUGUUCCGCUCACCUGUAGGAAUUGGGAUGUACAAGUAUUUGAUGGUUUAUAUUUCAGUGUUUGAGCUUAUCUUUGCGACGUUGGAUUUGAUAGUUCAACCUGAGUUUUUUAGCUACAGUUCGGUGUAUCUCGUGAUUGCUAGAACUGACCGAUGGAACUUACCAGUGGCGUUUACUAUGACGUCAAACGCGAUGUUUUGCAGUAUGUUUGGAAUGUCGAUGGCAAUGUUCACGUUGCAUUUUAUCUACAGAUAUUGCGUUAUUAUUGGGAGCAAUUUUGUCAAGAUGGACUCAAACUUCAAAUUCUGCGUCUGGUUCCUCACUCCAAUUUUGUACGGAUCGAUAUGGCCAGUUAUAAUUUUUACAACUCUGGUCCCUAGUCUCUCUACCGACAUGCUCCUAUUGAAACAUUACUUACAUGAUCGUAAUCUAACAUUGAAUCAAAUCACUUACAUCGGACCGAACUAUUAUAUAUUUGAUUCCAAGGGAAUAGAAGUUCUCAACGUGACAGUUUGUGCGGGGAUGUUUGUGAUUGUUAUGAUGGUGUUAAUCUCAAUUAUCACAAUUGUAAUAUUUGCCUACAAAUGCUACUUAGGAGUUGGAAAGCUUUUACGGGAGUCUAAUCAUUCUGAAGGUUACAAGAAACUUCAAUCGCAAUUGUUGAACAUGCUACUGGCUCAAGUGUGCAUACCGGCAGUGCUAAUGCACAUUCCCGCCUCACUUCAACUUAUCACUCCAUUUCUGCACUAUGGGAAUGAAGUUGGAAGUGCGUUGUUUUGUAUUGGUGUUGCCGUAUAUCCAGUACUUGAUCCUUUACCAACUCUGCUUAUGAUACAACACUAUCGGCAAGCAUUGGGCUCGAUCAUUGCGAAAUCAUUCAAAUUUCAGUUUUGA